AUGAUGAAACUCCCCCAGCCGAUCCCGGAUCGCCUCAACGGCAAAACCGCGCUAAUCACCGGUGCGGCUGGCAACAUCGGCUUCGAGACAGCCCGUCGCUUUUUAGCUGAAGGCGCAAAAGUGUCGCUGAUUGACAUUCAAGAGUCUGCUCUGACUGAAACAAUUAAAAAACUGCAAGAUGCGUUUCCAGACGACGAGACGCUCACUGAACGCAUAUUAACGAUACAGGCGGAUGUCACGGAUCAGCCUGAUGUAGAGAGAUUUGUGAGGCAGACUGUUGAGCGGUUUGGCGGGUUGGAUACGGCGUUUUUCUGUGCGGGGAUAUCGUAUUCGUCAACGAGUAUACUGGAUACAGAUGAUGAGUUGUGGGAUAAGGUUAUUAGAGUGAAUACUCGAUCGGCCUUUUUGGGCAUUAAAUACGCCGGUCGCAUCAUGCGCGACUCUGGCAAGGGCGGCAGUAUCAUCCUGGCCUCAUCCAUCGCCGGUCUGCGCGCUACGCCUGGAUUGUGCGCCUACUCGAGCGCCAAGUACGCGCUGAGAGGAUUAUGUCUGACUGCCGCCGCUGAGCUCGGUCAACACCAGAUCAGAGUAAACACCGUGCACCCCUGUGGGGUAAAUACACCUAUGUUCCAGGCUACUUGGCCGCCCGAGAAGAUGAAGCAGAUGUUGUCGACGGUGCCGCUGGGAAGGUGGGCUGAGGUUGAGGAUGUGGCUGCUUUGGUAGCGUUUUUGGCGAGUGACGAUGCGCAAUUUCUGACGGGGGGUGCGCUUAAGGUGGAUGGGGGGAUUGUUUCUUCUUAG